CGGAGGUCUGUCUUACUACGACUACACAGCACAAAGAACGCCCUGAAUCUCAUUCCCUCGACGAACACCCCUACAUCCAAGGCUCUUCUCGCCUCCGUAGGGACCUUCGGUGAGAAUAUGCCUGCGGUCAUAUGCACCGGCCUUCGAAGUUUGCAGGGUGCAGAAGCAUUCAGAAUACGACCUCGACGUCUCCUCUAGCCUUUUGCGAUUUCCUUUUCCCGUCGAGCCGUCUGACUACCUGCCGCCAAUCCCGUAAUGUAUCAACGGCCCUGCGAGUACAAGAUGCACAGUCGCUCGAGUCGAUGUUCUACGGCGCAUUGGCGCACGCCACAAGCUGCCACCGAGCCAGAAAGAACUCUCGAGAUCAAUCAAAGGGCGUCUCAGGCAAUGGAGGAGCUGCCAUCCGAGCGAUGGACGGUCACAGGACAUAUAGCCGCCACCCUGCAGACGCAAGAUCUUUCCAGGCUCGCUGUCGAAACAUGAGUACCACGUCUCGAUUAGCACAAGCACGGCCUAGACAAGCCAAUCGUGUGAAGGACUUUUUCGAUGAUAAUACCUUUGAAUUCGCCGCCAAAAGCCGCCUGCCGAUGGGGUUCUUCCAUGAUUUGGAUGUGCUUCAGGACAAGAUGGACGAAAUGAGACAAGAACCUGUGAGGGAAGAGGCAGACAAAAAGGAGCAUGAGCAGGAGGAGCAAGAGCGGUCGGCAUCUCAGCUUGAGGAACAGGUGCAACUUCUAAACUCUGUGAGGAAACUUGAGAAUAAACUGGCUCAAAUGAAGUCCAAACUGGCCGAGUCGACAAAGCACGCACCCGUUCGAAUCGAGCCCGCACCACCACCUCCGGAGGUCGUUCUGUCGAGGGAUGAUUACAAGGCAUUGGUUGACUUGUACUAUUAUACCAACCACAGACGGUUCGACCCCGAGUCGCCUGAUGCUUCUCCAACACCCGUGCUGCUGGAGGAUUAUGCGUUCAAGUUGUCAGAGGACUUUGCUCCACCACAAGCAUUUGCGGAGUUCUAUAACGAUGAUGAAGACUACAAAUCGCCUUUAAAAGAGGUCGAGGAAAGACUGCUUUCACGUCAACUACGGGAAGUCAGUGUCACCCAGGAUUUUGUUGAUUUACUACUGGACAACCACUCCAGCAAUGCAGAGCUGUUCAAAGCCUACAAAAGGCUACCGCAGCCUGGUAUGGCAUUCUUGCCCCGAGGUAUAGUACGGGUUUUCUUACAACGCAUGGCAACUCCAUGGCAAAAGAGCGAAAAGUCGAUGAUCAGGUAUCUCUCACUGAUUGACGAUGCGCAAAGGGCGGAUGUACCAGUCACUAGGGCUGAAUGGGCUUCGGCCAUCUACCUAGCUGGACGAUCAUUCGCAAAGGUCACUCAAUCAGAAGUCAACGCCGCCUUUCGAAUAUGGAGACGGAUGGAACACGAGGCAGGCGUCAAGUCCCAUCAUGUAACUCUCAACAUCCUCUUCGAUAUUGCAGUCCGAGCCAACAAGUAUCCCCUGGCGCAGAUGGUGUUGAAGGAGAUGCAUGACCGUGGCCUUCGUCUGAACCGGCUCGGUCGCGUAAGUGUCAUCUACUACCAUGGAUUGCGAGCCGAUGGAGACGGUGUACGAAAAGCUUAUCGAGAUUUUGUAGAUGCUGGCGAGAUUAUUGAUACUCUGGUGCUCAACUGCGUGAUUGCGUCUUUGUACAACGCACAAGAGCCAACUGCUGCGGAGCAGAUAUAUGAACGCAUGAAAAGCCUCCAAGAAAACCUGCGACGAGGCAGACGGGACGAUGGUCAGACUGUCUUGUACAGACGAUAUCCGUUGCCUGGAGGGGAAGUGAUCGAACAUGAACUAGCAGCCAAUCAUCUGAAGAGGGUGUUGCUGAAGGCGUCGAGGUUGAAGGAUAUACUUCCCGAACAACACCAACAGCUACAGGACGCAAUGCCACUUACUCCUGAUCAUGUCACUUUUCGCACCAUGAUCUCUCACCAUGUCAAUGUCUCUGGGAACCUCAACCGGAUCACAGUCUUGCUCGAGGAGAUGAAAACCCUCUUCAACCUACCCAUGCAGAGCGUAUUCUUCCAGUUGUUGUUCAAAGGAUUUGCCUUGCAUGGAGCCACUCGAGACCCUGAUGCGUCCUGGAAUAAUCAACGGCUGGAUCUGGUCUGGAAAGCAUGUCAAGACGCCAUCCGAGCCGGGCAAGCUGCUUCAAGGGGCAAGUUUUCGAGAGAUGCCGAUGCCACAUUGCCCACGUCCGAGGCAAUCGAGCGAUCCCCUGAGCACACGUCUGAUCCCACACGCCCAACACCUAUGAAGAAGCUUAGCACAUGGAAUGAGUUUGUUCUAGAUCUGGCAGUGUUUCCUCGAGAACGCCGCAAACACAUUGAGCGCGUUCACGCCGAGCUCUUUGAUGAGGAAGAAGAACAGAAAAGGGCAUUGUUCAAGUCGUCGUCGUCGCCAUCCUCCUCAUACACUACCAAACAAUCGCUUCCACAUACACAAGAGACAUACUACCCUCUCGGCGACGCGGCUUUAGAUCGAGAAGAAGGCGAAUACGUUUUACCGUCGCCUAGUCAAGUGAUCGAUCCUGCUUUCCAACAGCACCGGCAGCAUGAUGAAUCAGGGCAUUUAGAAGAGCAAAGAAGUGAACAUGAAGGAGAAUAUCAGGGUCCGCACUACGAAGGGCAAGAUCAUAACGGCCAAUACGAAGACCGCGAGCAAGACCAGGACAUGCAAGACCAGGACAUGCAAGACGAGCGAGAUACGAGACCUAUUUCGAUAACGUCAAAACACCAAGUCCAAGCCACGAGGCCGCUGAUAUGUUGGUUACUGCGCGCCUACACGGUGUGCACGGGGGACCGGAAAAAGGUCGAACAAGUCUGGGCCACGGUCCGCAGACUGUGGAAGACGCAAGAUACGAACGAUCGAGAAAAUGUCUCGAGGGUGUUGAGAAGAUGCCUCAGGGAUUGUGAUCGAUUUGGACCACCUUUGUGAUGAUAUUCAAUAUAUAUAAACAUAAAGGUCCAGCUCCUGCCGAAAGCUUAUUUGUUUUGUUCCCUGAAAUAAACAGAGUAGAGUAAAUGUGACGCCGGCUUCGAGUGGUGUCACACAAGAAGCGUUCAGGAAUGUAUACAGAUAUAUGCUGUUUUUCGCCGAGAUUGGGUGGUUGAUACUGCUGAGUAAACACCAGGUGUGAUAUAAUACGGUCCAGCGAUAUUCUGACGGUCUAGCCAGUCUACAGGUUUGUUGUAUCUUGGUACAUAUCAG